AUGCAACAACAACGAAGCAAUUAAGGUUAACAAAUCUUCUAAAAUGAUGUCAUGAAUCAAAACAUCAAUCCCAACGAUUUCAUGAUGUAGAACAUGAUGAAAAUGUUUUAACAGCAGAUGAUGUAGAUGAUGCAAAGCCAAACAUCUGGCUUUGAUUUAGAAAAAUUUUACCAGAACAAAGUAUGUGACAUGAAUUAAUUCUAUAAUCAAAUGAAACCAGAAGAAAGCUAAUUACAAUAAUCUUCGCAAUUCAUCAACACUUAUAAUCCUAACAAAUAUCAAGAAGUAAGCACUAAUUUUAAGGAGGAAACCAAUGUGAACACUAAUAGAUAAUUACAUUUUGAUGAUAUUUAAAUAACUUAGAAUUAUAGAAAUGAGUUUCAUGAUUAUAAUUUACCAGAAAAUGACUAUUUUAAUUAAUAUAAAAAUAAAUAAGACCAAAAAUAACGUUAACAAAGACAAUAAGAAUAAGGAGAAUAGAAAUCAACUAAAUAAUAAUUAUCAAAUUUUGAUAAAUCAGAUUACGAUGACAAUUACAUUAAAUCAUAAAAAUAAUAAUAAAAAAAAGCAUCGGCUUUUGAUGAUAUGCCAAUACAACAAUCCAACCAUGAUUAACAAUAAAUCAAAUCCAAUUUAAAAAAAAAUCAUCUAUUUUAAUAAGAUGAAUGUGAUUUUCGAUAACAAUCUAAUCCAUUUGAUGAAAUGCCUAUAAAACCAAUGAAAAACAAUAAUAAUUUUGAUGAUAUGACCUUCCAAAAUAAAAAACAAGAUGAUUAUACCAAAAAUUAGUAAGAUGAAAUGCAAUAUUAUUAAAAAUAAUAAAAAUAAUUUGAGGAUCAAUCCAAUAAGAAAACAAACUAUUCAAAUCCUUUUGAUGAAAUCCCAAUCUAGACACAAAAGCAAAAUUAAAAUACUUUUGAUGAUAUACCAAGAAAACCCUCAAAGAAAGGAUAAGAUGAGUAAGUAAUUAAGAAUAAGAAAAAUGCAUUUGAUGAAGUACCAAUUAAAUCGACAAAAAAUUAAACAUUUGAUGACAUCCCUAUUAAAACCUCUAAAGGAGGUUUUGAUGAGGUUCCUAUGAAAACAAAUAAAAAUACAUUUGAUGAGAUUCCAAUUAAGAAAAAUAAAAACUCAGCAUUUGAUGAGGUUCCUAUUAAAACAAAUAAAAACCUAGCGUUUGAUGAAGUUCCUAUUAAAACAAAUAAAAACUAAGCAUUUGAUGAGAUUUCGGUUAAAACAAAUAAAAAUACAUUUGAUGAUAUACCAAUAAAAUCAAAUAAAAAUGCUUUUGAUGAUAUUCCAUUAAAAUCUAAUAAAAACCAAAAUUUUGAUGAGAUGCCUCCAAAAAAUAAUUUUAAAAAACCUCUUGAAGAGGUUAAUUUUGAUGAGUAAGGUCGUGUCAAGAAGAAACCCUUCUUGAAAAAAGGAACUAGAUAAUUUUUAUCAAAUGCUUAACAAAGAUCUGAUAUUGCUAAGAAAGAACAUGCAGAAAUUUUAAAAGAAAAUAAUGCUUCAGGAACUUUACCUAUAUAAAACUAAAUCAAUUAAAUUAAACCUUAAAAAAUAUAGUAAUAACAAUAAAAAGUUGAAUUUAAAUAGGAAUAAAAAGAACCCUAAUAAAGACCAAAAAAAUAAGAAGUACCAAAGGAAUAAGUUAAAUAAUAACAGCCUAAACAAUAAUAAUAAUAGUAAUAACAGUAAUAAUAAUAAUAAAUAUAAUAAAAAUCAAAAUAAAAAGAAGAAUUUGAUAAUCAUCAAGAUUCAUAUUAAGAAUAUUAAUUUGACGAUAAUGAGGACUGGAAUGAUGAACCUCCUAAAUAAUCAAAGAUUGCAAAUUCAUACUUUGGAUUAAAGAAAGAAAAGGACGCAAGAGAGAAAAAAUAAGAAAAACCUUAACCAUAAGAAAAUGAGGAGGAAAUUGUCAGGAAAUAUGUUUAAGAUAAGAUUGAUAAUUUAAAUGCAGAAAUUGCUAAGUUCAAAAGCGAAAAUGAAAAAGUUAAGAAAGCUAAAGUAAAAUGUGAUGAUUAAUUGAAAUAAUUACAAAGAGAGAGAGAAGAGUGGGAAAAGUAAAAAGAAAUAGAAAAACUUGAAUUAGAAGAAUGGAAGGAAGAAGAGAAAAAGAAAAUGCUUAGAGAAAAAAGAAUUCAAGAUAGGUAAUAAAAAACUAUUUAAAAUUUGCCUAAUAGAAAAGAGAGAGAAGAAAUCGAGUCCUUAAAGUAAUAAGUACAAAAAUUAACAGAAGAAUAAAAGCAAAAAGAUUAGAAGAAUAAGCUAUCUUAUGAUAGAUUAAAGAAAUAAAAUGAAGAGCUCUCAUAAAGAAAUUAAGAAUUAUAAGCUGAAGUUAAAGCAUUAGAACUUAGGCUUCUAGAAUAAAAGCGACCAAACUCUUAGGCUACAAUUUAAUAAAGCAAAUCACAAUAAAUUUAAUUGAAAUCUAAUGCAUCUGGUCUUUCUUAAAAGAAAGAAGUUCCUUUAUAAAAUAAUAGAGGACAAAGUCCAACAAGUUUUGGAGAGGAUUUAUCAAUAAAAAAUAAGCAAUCAAUAAAAGAAUAUAAUAAACAAAAUUCAUAUAGAGAUGAUGAUUAUGAUAAUGAAAAUGAAGAGGAAUAUUAAAAUGAAGACAAUAGUGAUGAUGAUUAAGCGGAUAAUGAUGAGGAACAAGAUUAAUAGAGAAGAAAAAUUUAAUAAUAAAAUAGUAAGAAAUAUGAUUUAAUUGAAAUGUAGAAUGAGGGUAUCCCAUUUACUAUAAAAAAUAUUAAUAGUUUGAUUUCUGAAUAGGAAUUUAACUAUGACCAAAAUCGUUAUUAUCAAAAUUAUAAAAAGAAUAAGGAUGUUCCUUCAAAAAUAAUUUCUCAAAAUGUUGGACCGGAUGGUAAAAUAUCAAGAUAAUAUUCUAAUGGUAAAAAAGAGGUAGUUUUCCACAAUGGAGUCAAAAGGGAAGUAUUUCCUGAUGGAUAUGUUAUUGUCCACUUUACUAAUAAAGAUCUAAAGUAGACUUUGCCUAAUGGAACAGUAAUAUAUUACUUUGCAGAUGCCAGUACAACUUAAAUUACAAUUUCAAAUGGACCAAAUAUCUACAGAUUUUCUAAUUAAUAGAUUGAGAUUCAUCUUAACGACAGCACUAAGGAAAUUCGAUUUGGGGAUGGAACAGAAAAGUACAUAAAUGCUAGCGGGGAAGAGUAGACAUUUUUCAGUGAUGGAAUAAUAUAAAAAAUUAAUAGUUAAAAAGUAAAGUAAAUCGAAUAUCCAAAUGGAAAUGUAGAUAUAAUUUAUCCUGAUGGCUAGACAUAGAGAUAGUUUAGGAAUUGA